UUUUCAGCUCCCGUCUCUGAUAUAACUCUCCACCUUCGUCCUCAAUAUCAAUAUGGAACAGAUGAUUUCAUCAACUGUAGCGCAAAGACAAUGGAACCAUCAACAACUUCUCUGUCCCUGGAAGUUUGUCAUUCUGAUUCUACUUUUAUUCCCAUCGAGAAAUAUAAUAUAUCCUCUGUUGUCUUCAAUGAGACUAGUCUGAAAAACGAAAAUUGUUCUCUGGAAAUGCUGCUUGGUCACCGUGUUCUCUUCAAUAAUCAAAUGAACGUCUCCUUGCGAUGUACAGUUCAUGGUUCUGAUAUGAACACACCAUUGUCUACAGAUUGUGAGAUUCCCGACAUUUCAACUGCAUUGGUGGUUGCUGUAAUGGAUACUUCGAGCCAUGUCAUUAUGAUACAAACAACGAUAGAAUUGUUGUGUCAUUUCAAUGUGAGCAGUUUUGAAUGGGAGGCUGUUCGGUUAGACUUUCAAAACGAAUCUUUAAUCUCUCAAACAAUCGUAAGCGUCACAAACAGCAGCAAAACCUCGAAUGAAAAUCGAAUAAAUGCGUCUUUGAGUGUAGAUUCGUAUUUCGUGAAUGUUUCCUUUGUCUUGGAUUUUGCAACUUCGAAGGAUGCUUGCUCUCUGUCCGGGAUGUACACAUGCUCCAUAGAUAUGGUAGACAAACACAUCGCUACAGAAAGCGCGAGCACAGUUUUGAACUUUUCAGCUCCCGUCUCUGAUAUAACUCUCCACCUUCGUCCUCAAUAUCAAUAUGGAACAGAUGAUUUCAUCAACUGUAGCGCAAAGACAAUGGAACCAUCAACAACUUCUCUGUCCCUGGAAGUUUGUCAUUCUGAUUCUACUUUUAUUCCCAUCGAGAAAUAUAAUAUAUCCUCUGUUGUCUUCAAUGAGACUAGUCUGAAAAACGAAAAUUGUUCUCAGGAAAUGCUGCUUGGUCACCGUGUUCUCUUCAAUAAUCAAAUGAACGUCUCCUUGCGAUGUACAGUUCAUGGUUCUGAUAUGAACACACCAUUGUCUACAGAUUGUGAGAUUCCCGACAUUUCAACUGCACUGGUGGUUGCUGUAAUGGAUACUUCGAGCCAUGUCAUUAUGAUACAAACAACGAUAGAAUUGUUGUGUCAUUUCAAUGUGAGCAGUUUUGAAUGGGAGGCUGUUCGGUUAGACUUUCAAAACGAAUCUUUAAUCUCUCAAACAAUCGUAAGCGUCACAAACAGCAGCAAAACCUCGAAUGAAAAUCGAAUAAAUGCGUCUUUGAGUGUAGAUUCGUAUUUCGUGAAUGUUUCCUUUGUCUUGGAUUUUGCAACUUCGAAGGAUGCUUGCUCUCUGUCCGGGAUGUACACAUGCUCCAUAGAUAUGGUAGACAAACACAUCGCUACAGAAAGCGCGAGCACAGUUUUGAACUUUUCAGCUCCCGUCUCUGAUAUAACUCUCCACCUUCGUCCUCAAUAUCAAUAUGGAACAGAUGAUUUCAUCAACUGUAGCGCAAAGACAAUGGAACCAUCAACAACUACUCUGUCCCUGGAAGUUUGUCAUUCUGAUUCUACUUUUAUUCCCAUCGAGAAAUAUAAUAUAUCCUCUGUUGUCUUCAAUGAGACUAGUCUGAAAAACGAAAAUUGUUCUCAGGAAAUGCUGCUUGGUCACCGUGUUCUCUUCAAUAAUCAAAUGAACGUCUCCUUGCGAUGUACAGUUCAUGGUUCUGAUAUGAACACACCAUUGUCUACAGAUUGUGAGAUUCCCGACAUUUCAACUGCAUUGGUGGUUGCUGUAAUGGAUACUUCGAGCCAUGUCAUUAUGAUACAAACAACGAUAGAAUUGUUGUGUCAUUUCAAUGUGAGCAGUUUUGAAUGGGAGGCUGUUCGGUUAGACUUUCAAAACGAAUCUUUAAUCUCUCAAACAAUCGUAAGCGUCACAAACAGCAGCAAAACCUCGAAUGAAAAUCGAAUAAAUGCGUCUUUGAGUGUAGAUUCGUAUUUCGUGAAUGUUUCCUUUGUCUUGGAUUUUGCAACUUCGAAGGAUGCUUGCUCUCUGUCCGGGAUGUACACAUGCUCCAUAGAUAUGGUAGACAAACACAUCGCUACAGAAAGCGCGAGCACAGUUUUGAACUUUUCAGCUCCCGUCUCUGAUAUAACUCUCCACCUUCGUCCUCAAUAUCAAUAUGGAACAGAUGAUUUCAUCAACUGUAGCGCAAAGACAAUGGAACCAUCAACAACUUCUCUGUCCCUGGAAGUUUGUCAUUCUGAUUCUACUUUUAUUCCCAUCGAGAAAUAUAAUAUAUCCUCUGUUGUCUUCAAUGAGACUAGUCUGAAAAACGAAAAUUGUUCUCAGGAAAUGCUGCUUGGUCACCGUGUUCUCUUCAAUAAUCAAAUGAACGUCUCCUUGCGAUGUACAGUUCAUGGUUCUGAUAUGAACACACCAUUGUCUACAGAUUGUGAGAUUCCCGACAUUUCAACUGCACUGGUGGUUGCUGUAAUGGAUACUUCGAGCCAUGUCAUUAUGAUACAAACAACGAUAGAAUUGUUGUGUCAUUUCAAUGUGAGCAGUUUUGAAUGGGAGGCUGUUCGGUUAGACUUUCAAAACGAAUCUUUAAUCUCUCAAACAAUCGUAAGCGUCACAAACAGCAGCAAAACCUCGAAUGAAAAUCGAAUAAAUGCGUCUUUGAGUGUAGAUUCGUAUUUCGUGAAUGUUUCCUUUGUCUUGGAUUUUGCAACUUCGAAGGAUGCUUGCUCUCUGUCCGGGAUGUACACAUGCUCCAUAGAUAUGGUAGACAAACACAUCGCUACAGAAAGCGCGAGCACAGUUUUGAACUUUUCAGCUCCCGUCUCUGAUAUAACUCUCCACCUUCGUCCUCAAUAUCAAUAUGGAACAGAUGAUUUCAUCAACUGUAGCGCAAAGACAAUGGAACCAUCAACAACUUCUCUGUCCCUGGAAGUUUGUCAUUCUGAUUCUACUUUUAUUCCCAUCGAGAAAUAUAAUAUAUCCUCUGUUGUCUUCAAUGAGACUAGUCUGAAAAACGAAAAUUGUUCUCAGGAAAUGCUGCUUGGUCACCGUGUUCUCUUCAAUAAUCAAAUGAACGUCUCCUUGCGAUGUACAGUUCAUGGUUCUGAUAUGAACACACCAUUGUCUACAGAUUGUGAGAUUCCCGACAUUUCAACUGCACUGGUGGUUGCUGUAAUGGAUACUUCGAGCCAUGUCAUUAUGAUACAAACAACGAUAGAAUUGUUGUGUCAUUUCAAUGUGAGCAGUUUUGAAUGGGAGGCUGUUCGGUUAGACUUUCAAAACGAAUCUUUAAUCUCUCAAACAAUCGUAAGCGUCACAAACAGCAGCAAAACCUCGAAUGAAAAUCGAAUAAAUGCGUCUUUGAGUGUAGAUUCGUAUUUCGUGAAUGUUUCCUUUGUCUUGGAUUUUGCAACUUCGAAGGAUGCUUGCUCUCUGUCCGGGAUGUACACAUGCUCCAUAGAUAUGGUAGACAAACACAUCGCUACAGAAAGCGCGAGCACAGUUUUGAACUUUUCAGCUCCCGUCUCUGAUAUAACUCUCCACCUUCGUCCUCAAUAUCAAUAUGGAACAGAUGAUUUCAUCAACUGUAGCGCAAAGACAAUGGAACCAUCAACAACUUCUCUGUCCCUGGAAGUUUGUCAUUCUGAUUCUACUUUUACUCCGAUUCAGGAUUUUCUGAAAACAUCUGCUUUUAAUGAGACUAGUCUGAAAAACGAAAAUUAUGUAGAUUUUACAAUUCCGACUUAA